GACAUUAUGGGAAGCCUCUUCAAUUCAUUCGCGACCUCCUCCGUUCGUGCACACUUAACGGAUUUCGCUGUCAUCGUAGCCGUUUUUAAACGCACAUGCUGUUUGUCGACCGACCGGUAACGGACCUAUGCUGCUAUGAGUGCUUUGUGUCGCCUGAUCCAGAGAGGACUGCUGAGUUGCCGGCCGUCGUGUCGUUUAUUCCCCGGACAGCAGGAUGUGUGCGGGGUGGCUCCCGGUGUCCGUACAGCCAGCUCAUCCAGCCCAGUCAACUUGACCUAUGAUGUCUUCGAUGGGAAGGGAGAGAGCACUCCCCUGGUGUUUCUCCAUGGCCUUUUUGGCAGCAAAUCCAACUUUCACUCAAUCGCGAAGUCCUUGGUGCAGCGCACAGGCCGAAAGGUGCUGACUGUAGAUGCCCGUAACCAUGGCAGCAGCCCUCACAGCUCAGAGCUGACAUAUGAAGCGAUGACCGAUGAUUUGAAACACCUCCUCGCCCAGCUGCACAUUGAGAAGUGUGUCCUCAUCGGCCACAGCAUGGGAGGGAAAACAGCCAUGACGACCGCCCUGACGCAGUCUGGUUUAGUGGAGAGGCUGGUGGUAGUGGACAUCAGUCCAGCCCAGACCACCACACGCACCAACUUCCGCUCUUACAUCCAGGCCAUGCAGAAGCUGAAGAUCUCCAGUGACAUCCCACGUUCCACUGCCAGGCGGAUGGCCGAGGAUCAGCUGCGCAGUUUGGUCAAGGAGCGCUCGGUGCGUCAGUUCCUGCUGACUAACCUAGUGGAGCACAAUGGCCACUAUGCCUGGAGGGUCAACCUGGCGGCCAUCUCGGCGCACCUUGAUGACAUCAUGAGCUUCCCCAACUUUAACACUGUCUAUGAUGGACCUACACUGUUUUUGGGUGGAGCCAGUUCUGCUUAUAUCAGCUCCGACGAUUACCCAGAAAUCCAGAGGCUGUUCCCUAACGCUGACAUCCAGUACAUCCCAGACGCAAGCCACUGGAUCCAUGCAGAUAAACCCUUAGAUUUCAUCAGCUCCAUCAUCUCCUUUCUCCAGUCCUAGCUGCCUCCUGCCUACGCCUCAGAACUUUUCAAUCGUCGGCACCCUUGAGCGUGCCCUCACCGAAAAUGACGGUUUGUAUUCAGCAGCUUCAGCGAGAGCAAGUGGAGACAUUAAUGAUGCUAAUAUUUGACAACACUGGACCAAACUUACCCUUUUACAGCAGUCAGUCCUUUUAACAAUAUUAGUGUAGUUUAGCGUAGGUAAACUUUUUUUAGUCUCUCUGCUAUACAGGUAGUGUCACUAGAUGGGCUGGUUUCUCGAUAUGUUUUCAUUGAUUUUUACGUCGGUAAGUAGACAAUAUAUAACAUAACGGGGUUGUUUUGGAGGUGAUUUACUAAUCCAAAGAAACUCCUCUGCACAGUGCUUUCUUUACCGUGAAACGUCUAUGCCAGUAUAAAGUUUUUAUCUGGGCUGAAGUGUACCAGCAGUAAGAUGGUUGGAUAUGGAAGGUUUGACAGCACUGGAAUGAAAAAUGUACUGUAUAUCUGAAAAGCUGAGUGAAUAAAUAGUUGUUUCUUA